CUCGAUUAUAAAAUUAUUAGAAUAUAAUAAAAAACAUAGAGUUAAAUGAUUCGCACUGUCCUUCUUCACAAAGCAGACGAGCUUUACCUGGCAAAAUGCGCGCAGGAGCACAAAUUCUCUUAUGGUAUCAUUGUGGGCCAUCAAGCCGAGCUAAACAAGAGCGUUGUUGUGCAUAUGGCACGGAACAACGAGGAGGAUGCCGACCUGGAGGAUCUGAGCGAUGUGCGCCUGACCAUCAGUGACAUCAACUCACAAGCGCUGGCCUCUCAAUGGCUUAGUGCCAGCAAAAUGUGCCCCGGCUCUUUCGACGUCAUAGGCAUUUUUAUAUCCUCUGUGCGCCCCGAUGUAGCAAGCGAAGACAGCGCCGAAUUCAAGAAUGCCAAAAAGUUGUUUUCUGAUGUAUAUGACACGCUACUGAAGAGCAGCAAAACAUUUGGCGUCUACACCACGGACGUUGCACAAACAGAUUUUGUGUUUCUAGCCUACUCGCUAGCGAACAAGAAGGUGCUAUGCAAGAAUUAUAGUUAUGGCAAACAUUGCAAGAAAACAUAUUUUACGGCAAACAUAAAAUGCAUCAUAUGUGGCGGCAUCUUCACGGAUAUGGAGCAUCGCUUUGUCGAGAAGCCAUUUGAGUGGAUACCGCUGGAAUGCAAUUUCGACAUGGAUGACGUCAUACCUAUAAACGAUCCAGCGCGUCGCAUUAACAUUGAAGAACAGUUCCAGAACAUCAUUGUGGCGAUGCGCAGCAAUCUAAUGGCCAGCGAGGUGUUUCUGCAAAACGAAAUGGUCGAGGAUACUAUCGAGUUGCAAGCGUAUAUUAAGAAAAAAAAGACCAAGGAGGAAAAGGAGAAAAACACAAGCACAGCACCACGGGAAAGUACCACAGCGGAUCAAGCGCCGUUGGAACUGCUUGGCAAUAACCAGAGCAGCAACAGUCAGAUCAAUGGAGCGAUACGAGCCAGCAUAGUGCUACCUCUCAAGUGUCAUCUAAACAACGACACCGAGAUCAAGGUGCGUGAAUUUAACGGCUCGAUGCGUAUGAGUGGCAUUCUGUCCACGCGCAUUUAUUGCAACCCACGCAAUAGCAUUGCUGACGUAAAGCGCUUCUUGCGCGACGAUGUCCUACGCUCGCUUGUCACGCGCAUUCAGGUCUACUGUGAUGGUCUCACAGAUCCCCAUGUGACCAACGAGGCAAUAUACAUAAGCGAACCACCGCGGCGCGUGUACUUCACUCUGCCAUCGGAUAGUGAUGGCAAGAAAGCUAACUCAGUCCACAGUCCUGUGCAAUUCUCAGAGUAUCUGUUUAGAGGAGAGGCUCCCACCGUAGUCGUUGCUCAGGCCAAGCAAAUACUCGACAUCGAACUAGACCCAGAGACUAUUGUUCUGGAUGCCGAGGGUCUGCCCGAUGAUGCGAACUUUUUGAGCGCAGGCUCUGGUGUUCUCAGGGACAUUGAAACGCAAGGCAUGCCCAGCUCGAUGCCAAAGCGUGAAUUGUCACGCAGCCUUUAUAUGCUGGGCAUUUCCGUGGCGUUGUUGGUGCUGCUCGUUUCAGUAGCACUGCAUUUUGCGCUAAAUGGACAGCAGUAGGCAGCUGCGCUGACCAAUCUGACCUAUAUACAUGAAGUUUUAUACACACACAUACUUUUUAUACUACAUAUAUUAUUUGUACGUGAAUGUCCGCAGGCAUUCGCUUCUCUCUUGUGAUCGUUUGUUUUUUUAAUAUAACAAUUGUGUAUUAGUAGAAAAUUUAAAAGUAAAGGGUCACGUUAUAUAGUCAUAAUAAUAAAGCAUGUAA